CUCCAGCGUCACCUUGUUCCACCCCACGUUAUCCAUCCCUGCAGCACCAUGUCUGAGGCAGAGGCUGAGACGCAGUCGGGCCCUGUGGAGGUGCCCGACAUCGACAAGUUUGUCAACUCUGCAGUGGCUGGCUCAGGCUCUGGGUCUGGCGACCUGCCCACUGGCACGCAGCAAGUGGUUGCCAAGCUGCUGGUGUCCAAUUCCAUCGCUGGUUCGGUCAUCGGCAAGGCUGGAGCGAACAUUGAGCAGCUUCAGCGCUCCUCGGGCGCGCGUGUGCAGCUCUCUCGCGCGGGCGAGUUUUACCCAGGCACCUCGGACCGCGUGCUCCUGCUGUCGGGUUCGCUGCAUGCCGUGCUCACCGCUAUCUUCCUAAUCCUGGAGAAGAUUUCUCGCGAUGUGUCGGCGGGUGCGGGUGCCAACGGCGCGAAGCGCGGGGUGCCGGUGAAGAAGCCCGAGGACGCGGGCCAGGCGCAGGUGAAGCUUGCGCUGUCGCGCCGCCUGUGCGGCCUACUGAUUGGCCACAAGGGCCAGACGGUGCGGGACUUCAUUGUGGACUCUGGCUCCACCAUUCGGGUGCAGUCGCUGUCGGAGCUGACACCCAGCGAUCCCGAGCGCACCAUCACGGUGUCAGGGGCGCGGGACCAGGUGCUCCGUGCCGUGGCGCUCAUCCUCAACACGCUGUCCAUGCACGAGGGCUACGCUUCGUACAUGGACACGACGCUGCAGCUGGCCACCAACCAGGGCGUGGUGCUGCCGCCGCGCGCGUCAUCCUCCAAGAACGUGCUCUCAGCCGUGCGCACGCAGCUGACGCUGUACCUGCCGGACGACGACGUGGGCGCCAUCCUGGGCAAGAAGGGCUCGAACCUUGUGGAGGUGCAGCAGAGCUCGCGGGUCACCAUCAAAAUCAGCGACCGGUCUAAGAUGGACCCCACCACUCAGGAGCGCGAGGUGUCAAUCAGCGGCACCUACAGCGCCGUGAAGCUGGCGGAGGCCAUGAUCGCCGAGAAGCUGAGCGUGGCGCGCAGCCAGGCGCGCAACCGCGACGGCGGCAGCGAUGACGCAUAGUGAAUGGGCCGCCGGGCAGCAGCCACGCGAGCGCGACGAAGAACUGCCAGGAAAGGCGAUAGAUGCAGCUUGAGGGAGGGAUGUGGGUUGACCGACGACGUGUCCGGCAAGGGGUAAAUAACAGCAGACGAGACAGGUGAACUCGGCGCGUCGUGCAGAUGCAUUUGCGACCUUAUUGUACAGAACUGAGGGGCUGGUACAACGAAAGCAUCCGGGCGGACCGCGCCGGGCAUUUUACAGAUAAGGUACAAGGGCAGCAGCUACAGAGGUGCUCCGCACGAUGCUGCAUAGGCCCACACGCCAGUGAGGAUGUGACCGCGAAUGGUCGGGUCUUUGAACCGCAUAUCGGGGUCACGACGUAUUGUUUUGCUGUAACGUUGUAAGAGGUGUAAACCCUUGAAAGGGGACUAUGAAACGGCGUCGUGGCCUCGUGGGGCUGCAGCCGGGCGGCGGUUUGAUGUACAGCGAACGCGCAGCAGGGUGAGCUGCAAUGCAACCGUUGACCACGCAUGGAGGGACAAGAAGCGUCACCACUGCAGAGGGUACGGGUUGCUUGCAAUGCAGCUGCUGUGAUGUGCAGAUCCAGAAAGUCUUCCUGGGAGUAUUACCGCUCACCAUGCAUGCAGACACAAGUGGCAGUGUUGCCACCCUCUGUCAUCACUGCGGAGAGGCAGGAGGUACAUACCGUUCUUGCAUGCGAAAUUGCGAUCAUGCAAUGCAGAUGUGUGGGCGUGUGGCUCCAGGCAAUCUCGGUGGUCGGGCACCCUCAUGCUGCCCUAUCUACUGUAUACUGCCCUUUCUGCUACCGCAGUAACGCCAGGAGGUGGCGA